GCCCGCACCGCCAUCGUGGGGUUAAGCUCCCCAGCCCUACCCGGAAGCGACCGGCCUCGGCUGGUUUGGUGGGCGGCGGGAGGCCGAUCGGGGCGUGCGCGAGCUUGAGCUUCGAGAAAGUUUAUCUUAUCCACACUGCAACCACCGCCCCAGACUUACAGAGCAGAACAGCCGCGUCAGGCGUUACAUGAUCUUAAGCUUUUGACUGCCUGCAGAGCGGCGAAUUCGCAUCUGAGCGAGCUCCAAAUAGCAUCCCGCCCGCCGAUCACACCCUUCUGAAGCUUUCAUUCACAGCUACCUUACUUCCACCACGGCACACUAACAUGGCGUCCCGCUACAUCAUCUCAAGACGCCUCGAUCCGCUGUUUGCCCUCUCUAUCGGCGUCGGCGCGGCCGCGACGCGCAUCAACCGCGAGGAGAAGGAGAAGGGGAGGGGUACGGCGGAGACGGUUGAGGUUUUCAAGAGGAGGUGGAAUGUUAUGUGGGAGGAGAAGGUGGGGAAAUGAAGGGGGAAGAGGAGGUGUAGGGCGCGCAGUGGGGGUGGGGGAUGGUGGAGUUAUGGUAUGAUACCCUGGGCUGGAAUUGAGGAAUAUAGAGAGGAGAGGAGAGGAGAGGGCGAUAAGAAAGAGGGGAGAGAAGGGAUAGGAUACCCAGUCCGAGGGCGACGAAUCGAUGUGUGGUCAGUUACUCUGUUUGCCAGUUCAACCAAAACACCGCCAUUUCGAGAACCCGUCAAUGAACUCCAAUCCACCGUUCCAUAUCCAUGCCAUGUGCUUUCGACACGGAGCUUUCCGCCUUUACACUUAGCCUCCUUUCUAAUACGCCAAUCCAGUGAAAGG